AUGGCAAUAGUAUCAACAACAACAACCCCACUAGACGGCAUAACCGGCGAAAUCGCCACCCACGGCUCCCUCUUCACAGGGACCAUCCUCUUCUUCAUGUCGAUCUCCAUCUACAACGUCCUCGAACUCGUCAUCCUCAUCCUCACCACCUUCCGACGCUGGCGGGGGCUCUACUUCUGGAGCCUGCUCCUCUCCGGCUGCCUCGGAGUAAUUCCAUACACACUGGGCUUCCUUCUCAAAUUCUUCACCUCCGCCAACUCGACCCUCUCCGUCACCGUCCUCACCAUCGGCUGGUGGGUAAUGGUCACCGGUCAAGCCAUCGUCCUGUACUCCCGCCUCCACCUCGUCAUCUGCGACGACGAACGUGUCCUGCGAUGGGUCGCAUGGAUGAUCACCCUCAACAUCUUCCUCCUGCACAUCCCAACCACCAUCCUCACGUACGGAUCAAACGCCUACCCCACCUCCGAACACAUCCGCGCAAAAUUCGUCCUCGGCUACAACAUCAUGGAAAAACUCCAAAUGACCGGCUUCACCGUCCAGGAAAUCAUCCUGUCCGGGCUAUAUGUCUAUGAGACCGUCAAGUUACUCCGUCUGUGCUACUUGCCCCAGAAUCAGCGCAUUAUGCGCCAGUUGGUGGGGAUUAAUGUUGCCAUGUUGGGCAUGGAUCUGGUGUUGUU